CGCAGACUCAAACUAAUGGCGGACGAAGUUGAGCAGCAACCGACAACCAACACGGUUGAGGAGCCUCUGGACCUGAUCAGACUCAGUCUAGACGAGAGGAUCUACGUCAAGAUGAGGAACGAUCGGGAGCUCCGUGGUCGACUGCAUGCGUACGAUCAGCACCUGAACAUGAUUCUGGGCGACGUGGAGGAGACGGUGACGACGGUGGAGAUCGACGAGGAGACUUAUGAAGAAUUAUACAAGUCCACCAAGAGGAACAUCCCCAUGCUGUUUGUCCGAGGCGACGGCGUGGUCCUGGUAGCCCCGCCCCUCCGGGUGGGCUAGCCCCGCCCACCUCCCGGUCUGAAGGAGCGUUUUGUGGGAGGCUUGGAACUCUUUUCUCAACACUGUCCCCUUAUUUAACGCUCACGGCUUGAAGAUCAGAUACGACACGAACCCCCAUUUUCCUUCUGGAUGUAAAACAUGUUCUGACUCGAGGAAAGAAGGAGGAAGUUUGUUUUGGUCUGUUUUUUGUUUGUUUUUUUGCAAAUUAUAAUCAGAUUGAUUGAGGGAUUAUGGGGGAUUUCAGGCAACAUUUAUUAGCUCUCUCAGUUAUUCUAAGAGCUGUUGAUAAAUUCCAACCGUUUUAGUUGUUAAGCCAGAAAAUGUGAUAAUUUUUCACCUCAAUUUUCCUCUAAUCCACAGACAGACAGACAAGUUAUAAAUGUCUCAUCAUGGUUUUUUUACGGCUUCAGACGUGUGGAUGUCAACUUGUUUUGGCCUGAUUUUUUCAAGUGUGUUUGAUAAGCAGACAGCAGACUGAGCAGAGAGGUUUUAUGGGAUUUUUGAUUCAGAAAUCUCUCAAGUGAAACUUUUAUGUUGUUUCUAAGUGUUAAAAAAAAGUGUUGCAGUGACUCCAAACCCAUCUCAUCUGUCAGUUUGUCUGGGGCGGUUUUUAGUUGACGUUUUGUUUUUUUUAAUAUAUAUUUUUGUAAUGUUUAUUAAACUUGGGACUUCAUCAUGCUCAGAUGUGUGGACAUUUGUUUUCAUUGGGUUUUGGUAAUUAAUAAAAAAGGAAAUUUGACCCCAAAAAAAA